CCUGUUCUGUUUCGCGUGAAUUUGAUGUUGCUAAUGAUCUUGAAAUUAAGUGUCACGAGAGUCCUCGCUCCUUAAAUGGGAAUUCAGCAUGUUUGACAUCUGACCAGCCUCCUGCUGCUGAAGAAAAUGACGUAAAGAGAACUCUAGAAAGGACAUCCCCAGUGUCUGUAGGUGAUGAUGAGUUGCAUACACUUCCAGGAGUUAAUUGUGGAGAUAACAUGCAGUUGAAGGCUGAAGCAGACAACACUCAAGAAGAGAAAUGCAGAGAAAUAAAUGGGAAAUUAAUUACUGAAAACACUGUUGCAGAACAGAAGUGUGAAGAUAAACCAAAUUCCUGUCAUUCAAAUUCACGUGAGGUUGGGACCAUGGAUCCAUGUUCUUGUUUAUCUAAUGAGGUUGGGAAAAUUGAAAAUCGUCCAUCUAGUGAACUUUUUGUUGGAGCUGCUCCCAUAGCAGGCAAAACUGAAUCUAAUCUGACAUCCGAUUCUCCAUCUAUUCACUGUGCCAAUCAAGAGCAUGAGAAAUCUGGUGCGGCUCCUGUUGACACUAACACACCUCUAGUCAUUAUGGAUGAAAAGCCUGAUAGUCACGAGCUGAAGACUGUGGUUGCUGAUGGUUCUAUUCAAAGCUCAAUGGAAGCUAAAAGUUUGGAAGAUAGAACUAAUAUAGUAAAUGGAACAUCAAAAGAUUCCUAUAUAGAUAAAGAUACUAGUGAGGAUCACAGAGCUUCUGCAGUUGACAGUGGAGUAUCUGUGAAGGGAUCUAUUAAGCAAACAGAGAUUAUCAAGGACAAAGUUGGUUCACUUUUACCAGGUUUGAAACAUCCUAGUUGUAAAGAUAUCUUGGAGAAGUUGACUGAGUCAAAGUCAUUUACAAGUGAUAUGGUUGAAACGGGUGGCGUGGCUAUGAAAGUGGGAAUGACAGUUGAGAGUUGCAAUGAAGCUGGAAAAUCAGCUCCCAUGCUUGACAUUUCAAAUGCUGUUUGUAAGGUUGUGGUUAAGCCUACUCAAACUUGUGGGGAGGGUCAACUUUGUGGAGAGGAUGCCAUAUGCAGUAACAGGGAAAGUGACCUAGCUUCUAGAGAACCUGUCAAUGCAUGAUGUUUUGUUUUCUGCUGUGAAAGCUGUGGCUCGUCGAUGUUUCAGGACUUUUGGUGGUUCUUCUGAGGCUGUAGAUCAUGAAGCCUUUUGGAGUAGAUGUUAGACUGCGCCGUAGAAUAUGGACAAGGGAGACCUGCAAGCUGGGUCAUUUUUUUGCUGUACAUACAUACAUACUCCUAGGUGGGAGUUCUCUGUUAUCCUGGUCCACCUGAACUCUCUGAAGAUGGUAUAUGGAUGUUUAGAAUGUAGACAUGCCGACAUGGGGCAUAUGAUCCUUCGCAACAUAUCCUGUACAGAACUUUGAAAAGGUAUCCUUUCUAUAUGAUCCUUUGCAAUUGUUCUGCUUGUGCAGUACCAGUAACGAAAAUUCCGGGUAUUAGCAUCAAGCGUGCGACACUGCAGAGAGGAUCAGAAGAUGGAAUGCUGGUUUGAGCUCUAA